AUGCAUCUCGUCACGUUCUCCUUCGUCUCACUUUCAGCCUGUCUCCUCGCAUCGAGUGUUUUUGCUUCAAAUACGCCCUCAACAUUUGAUCUCAAGAAAUUCAAAUCCCAGGACAUUAUCAAACAGGAUGUGGCUGUCAUCGGUGGCGGCUCUGCGGGCACAUACUCAGCCAUUAGCCUGAAGGAUAAAGGCAAAUCGGUCAUUGUCAUUGAAAAGAAAGACAGACUGGGUGGCCACACUGAGACAUACAUUGAUCCCACAACCGGCACUCCUAUUGAUAUGGGAGUCAUGAUCUGGCACAACAUCACCGUUGUAAAGGACUACUUCAAACGAUUUGAUAUUUCAAUCACCCACUCUACCGGUUUCUUUCAAUCAGUGUUGAACUAUGAUUUUAGUACUGGAAAAGCAAUCAAUCUGUCGUUCACUCCAUCUGAUACGGAGAUAUCUGCAGCCUUCGCAGCCUACACGGCACAGUAUUCCAAGUACCCGGAGCUAAAGGAUGGGACAUUCCUUCCAAGCCCUGUGCCCGAGGAGCUAUAUAUACCGUUCGGGGAGUUCGUACAGAAGUAUGGACUUCAAGCAGCGGUUCCCACCAUGUUCAACUACAAUCCGGGUGUCGGAGAUAUAUUGGCGAACCCGACGCUCGAACAAUUCCGAUACUGGGGGUUGGAGAUGGUGCAGGAUCUAUCGACUGGUUUUCUGACUACGGCCCACCACAACAGCAGCGAACUGUACACCAAAGCUGAAGUGGAGUUGUCUUCGUCCUCAAGUCUUCUCCUGAAUUCCGUGGUCGGGCAUGCGGAUCGAGGCGAAGGAGGGGCAGGUAUCAAGCUUGUUGUUCGUACACCCCAAGGCAACAAGCUUAUUCUCGCAAAGAAGCUCCUCAUUGCCAUACCCCCAAAGCUUGAUUUCCUGGCCCCGCUAGACCUCAGCAACAAAGAGAAGACACUCUUUGGAAAGUUCAUUGAUGCGGGUUACUACGUCGGUAUCGUCAAGAACACGGGCUUCCCCGACAACAAUAGCAUCUCGAAUGCAGCCCAAAACUCGGAAUACAAUUUCCCUUCGCUCCCAGGACCGUACAGCUUCGCCCCGGCAGGACUUGCCGGAUUGCAAAUGGUCACCUACGCCACUCCGCAGAGUCCUAAAUCCUCUCCUCUGCCUGAUGCGACCGUGAAGGCCGACAUUAUCCUGACUAUCAAGAGGCUCCAGAAGGAGAAUCCGGACAAGUUUAGCCAAACAGAGCCGAAAUUCGUUGAUUUCAGAUCGCAUGCACCUUAUACUCUUCAAGUUGGGGCUGGGGAUAUCAAGGACGGGUUUUACGAGAAGCUGUAUGCGUUGCAGGGCUUGAGAAAUACGCACUGGACUGGCGAAGCGUUCAGGGCGGAGGAUAGUAGUUUACUCUGGCAGUUCUCGGAGGAAAUCGUGCUGCCGGGAUUGCUUGCGGGUCUAUGA